CGGAGCCGGGAGCGCCGGGGGCGGAGAGAGGCGGCCGGGGCGGCGCUGGCUGCGGAGGCCGCGGCGGGAGCGCAGCGGUGGGAGCCCGAGGCUGAGACUCACCGGAGGGAGCGGCGCGAGCGCCCCGCCAUCGUCCCGAUAAAUGAUGGGAGAAAAACUUGAGGUUUUUAAUUUUAAAUGGAGAGAAGACCGUCGUUGAGUUCCAGCUUCAGAACAACCUGGUGGCACAUGAUUGGGCUGGAAUGGUGACAGCAUGUGUUUUGAGGCCUGCAGUUUGGUGUUAUAGUUUUGCUGCUGGACUCUUCCCUCCCUCCCCCCACCCCAUCAGGAUGAUAUGAGACUUGAAAGAAGACGAUGCAUACAGGAACAGUUUCUCAGCACUGUCAGCUCCUGGAUUGCUCGCUGGGCAGUAUACUGCACAUUGGCUAUACCAAGUAGAUGCUCACUUUCAACUGAGGAGGAGAGACUUCAGCAUGCAAACCUUCAUCUGUUCGGCUUGCACCGUCAUUUUCAUUCCAUGCUGCUGGCCUUCAGAUGGCUGGACAGAUGCCCCAUUCACAUCAGUACAGUGACCGUCGCCAGCCAAACAUAAGUGACCAACAGGUUUCUGCCUUAUCUUAUUCUGACCAGAUUCAGCAACCUCUAACUAACCAGGUGAUGCCUGAUAUUGUCAUGUUACAGAGGCGGAUGCCCCAAACCUUCCGUGAUCCAGCAACUGCUCCCUUGAGAAAACUUUCUGUUGACUUGAUCAAAACAUAUAAGCAUAUUAAUGAGGUUUACUAUGCAAAAAAGAAGCGAAGACACCAACAGGGCCAGGGAGACGAUUCUAGUCAUAAGAAGGAGCGGAAGGUUUACAAUGAUGGUUAUGAUGAUGAUAACUAUGAUUAUAUUGUAAAAAACGGAGAGAAGUGGAUGGAUCGUUACGAAAUUGACUCCUUGAUUGGCAAAGGUUCCUUUGGACAGGUUGUAAAGGCAUAUGAUCGUGUGGAGCAAGAAUGGGUUGCCAUUAAAAUAAUAAAGAACAAGAAGGCUUUUCUAAAUCAAGCCCAGAUAGAAGUGCGACUUCUUGAGCUCAUGAACAAACAUGACACUGAAAUGAAAUACUACAUAGUGCAUUUGAAACGCCACUUUAUGUUUCGAAACCAUCUCUGUUUAGUUUUUGAAAUGCUGUCGUACAACCUCUAUGACUUGUUGAGGAACACCAAUUUUCGAGGUGUCUCUUUGAACCUAACACGAAAGUUUGCACAACAGAUGUGCACUGCACUGCUUUUCCUUGCGACUCCAGAACUUAGUAUCAUUCACUGUGACCUAAAACCUGAGAAUAUCCUUCUUUGUAACCCCAAACGCAGUGCAAUCAAGAUCGUUGACUUUGGCAGUUCUUGUCAAUUGGGGCAGAGGAUAUACCAGUAUAUUCAGAGUCGCUUUUAUCGGUCUCCAGAGGUGCUACUGGGAAUGCCUUACGACCUUGCUAUUGACAUGUGGUCCCUUGGGUGUAUUUUGGUUGAAAUGCACACUGGAGAACCUCUGUUCAGUGGAGCCAAUGAGGUAGAUCAGAUGAAUAAAAUAGUGGAAGUUCUGAGUAUUCCACCUGCUCAUAUUCUUGACCAAGCACCAAAAGCAAGAAAGUUCUUUGAGAAGUUGCCAGAUGGCACUUGGAACUUAAAGAAGACCAAAGAUGGAAAACGGGAGUAUAAACCACCAGGAACCCGUAAACUUCAUAAUAUUCUCGGAGUAGAAACAGGAGGACCUGGUGGGCGUCGUGCUGGGGAAUCGGGUCAUACUGUAGCUGACUACUUGAAGUUCAAAGACCUCAUUUUAAGGAUGCUUGAUUAUGACCCCAAAACUCGAAUUCAACCUUACUAUGCCCUGCAGCACAGUUUUUUCAAGAAAACAGCUGACGAAGGCACCAAUACAAGUAACAGUGUGUCCACCAGCCCCGCGAUGGAGCAGUCACAGUCUUCGGGCACCACCUCCAGUACGUCUUCAAGCUCAGGUGGAUCGUCGGGGACGAGCAACAGCGGGCGAGCCCGGUCAGACCCGACGCACCAGCACCGGCACAGCGGCGGGCACUUCACGGCUGCCGUCCAGGCCAUGGACUGUGAGACCCACAGCCCCCAGGUGCGUCAACAAUUUCCUGCUCCCCUUGGUUGGUCAGGCACUGAAGCUCCUACACAGGUCACUGUUGAAACUCAUCCCGUUCAAGAAACAACCUUUCAUGUAGCCCCUCAACAGAAUGCAUUGCAUCAUCACCAUGGAAACAGUUCCCAUCACCACCACCACCACCACCACCACCACCACCACCACGGACAACAAGCCUUGGGUAACCGGACCAGGCCAAGGGUCUACAAUUCUCCAACGAAUAGCUCCUCUACCCAGGAUUCUAUGGAGGUUGGCCAUAGUCACCACUCCAUGACAUCCCUGUCUUCCUCAACUACUUCUUCCUCUACAUCUUCCUCCUCUACUGGUAAUCAAGGCAAUCAGGCCUACCAGAAUCGCCCAGUGGCUGCUAAUACCUUGGACUUUGGACAGAAUGGAGCUAUGGACGUUAAUUUAACCGUCUACUCCAAUCCCCGCCAAGAGACUGGCAUAGCUGGACAUCCAACAUACCAAUUUUCUGCUAAUACAGGUCCUACACAUUACAUGACUGAAGGACAUAUGACAAUGAGGCAAGGGGCUGAUAGAGAAGAGUCCCCCAUGACAGGAGUUUGUGUGCAACAGAGUUCUGUAGCUAGCUCGUGACUAAAUUGAAACUUGAGUUUGUUUCUUGUGUGUUUUUAUAGAAGUGGUGUUUUUUUCCAAAAAACAAAGUGCAAAGCUGCUUGCAUCAGAAGGAGAUUAACACACUGAACCGCUACAAGAGGGCAAAGCUUUUUUUUUUUUUUUUAACUUGAAAAGAUUGCAAAGGGACAAUGAAGUUUUUAAAAGAGCCAUGUCCAAACCCAUCGUCAUGGAUAGCGCAGAGGUGUCCUCUUUUUGCCUCCCCCAUUUUAACUUGCCAUACCCCAGUCAUAGUGGGGUUUUUUUUGUCUUUCUGUUCCCCAAAAGUUAAUGUUCAGAUGUUGGUCUUGGUCAUUUGCCAACUAAUUUUAAAAUAAAAAGGCACUGCACAUAAUUUGCAUAAAGGGCCCCUUAAGGGUGGUUUUUUUUUUUCCUUUUGUUUUUUUCCUCCCCUUUUUUCCCCCCCUCUUGUUUGUUUUGUUUGGGUGGGGGGGUGGGAAAUUUGGGUUUUUAAGUCCUCUAAACACACUUGGGCAUGGAAAUGCAGUACUGUAAGGAAGAGGGACCUCCAGCUUACACAAACAUCACCUUCAGCUGUAUGGAAGGGACGGUUGUAUUGGAGUUUGUAAGGCACAGUAAGCAUGCUAAGUGGCGGGGAUCAGAACUCUCCUGUCUGAACCUACUGAGGAGCAAAGCAGCAAUUACAUGGGAUCCUGUGGGUCUCCUGUUGUAGAGGCCACAGUAAGAUAGUAAAUGGAACAUGACCGGUCUCCUAACCAAGGUGCACUGAGAAGCAAUCAACGGGUCAGUCGUGGCCAGUCCUGGGGAGGUCUGAGUGGUGGUCUUUGGGAUAACCUUUGGCCUUAUGGAUUUGGACUCGAAAUUAGAAGAGCCUACCAUUUCAGAUGCAAUCACUUUUGGACAUGCUUUUGCAGACAGUCCUUAAUGCUGAAAACACAGAGAAUGGGUAAUUCAAGAGGCCUUUCUUUUAAAAUAGACUUUUGUGACCCACUAAUUGUAAGGUAUUGCAAGGUCACUUUGCGUGUGUCAUAAAGUUGACUUCCUUAUUGGUUGAAGGUCACAGAAGUAGUGGUUUGCUUUGAUGGAAAUAGCUACAGCUGUGUCCCUUCCUGCUUUUUACUUUUUUUUUUCUUUUUGCUUUUUUUCUCGGCACGUGGUAUCUCCACCAUUUCUUCUGCACAAAGAUGUCUUCUGUUCAUCCUGAACAUUUUUAAAAAAAAAAAUGCAGAAUUUUAUGUGACUGCUUUUUUGCCUCACAAUUAUGCUGUGAAUUUUACAAAAAUUUAUUUUCUUUUUUGAUAAUUUAUUGUACCAAAGCUGUUUUUAUAGCACAUAGAUGUCUGUAACCAAUAAUGUAGCAGUUCUGCACUUUGACACAAGGUGUAACUAGACCAUUUUUAAAUGUCAGUUGAAAAUUAUGGCUGUACUAUUGCUUAAACAAAACUGGAACUGUCGUUAAAUCCAUAGCCAGUACAUCUACAGCAGUCUGUAUACUGAGCUUAAUAGAUUGACAUCUAAUUCAAGAUUACACCAUCUGUUACAUUCUAAAUGUGUUCAGGCUUCUGAAGGUAAAGGGACACUGGAUCCAGAAGCUAUGGAACCAGCAGUUGAUUCUUGUAUUCCUGAUUAACCUACUUGUAAACUUGAAAGCAAGACCUUGAUUGCACCAACAGGUCCAAAAUACAAGCGCGAGUAAAGCAGAACUCUCCUGCGUGACCUGAAGUGGACAAGCUGGUGUUUUAACAGGUGCCUAGUUCUGAGAUUAUGCUGCCUUAAUGUAACACAGUCUGGCAGUUGCUAAAUUUGUGUUCCCAUUUUAAAUUGACCAAUUUUAGGGUGUUAUACUUUUGAGCGGUUGAAUUGGGAGAAUGAAGACAAGUAAUUUAUCUGUCCAGGAUCAAAAGAAGCCUAGGAAAGAAGCAGUAAUCUACCUCUGCCGAUAACCCUGUUCAAAACAACUCAGCAGAACACCACAUUACUUUUUAUUGGUCAAUUCCAUGUGGCUGACUAGGUCAAUUUUUUCUGAACAAAAGCAGGUUUUUAUAUGUAAACAGUGACAAAAGAAAGGCUUAAAACGAUGUGAAUGUGAAUGGAAACUUGGAAAUACCCGUUUUUAUAAUCCACAAAAUUUUUUUGUUGUUAAUCAGGAAAUCCAUAUUUAUUUUGUAAUUAAAUGUCAAGCCUGUGGAUGAUUUUUGAACUUGGUAGUUCAUAAAGGUUUACAGUGAAUAAAAGGAUAUCAUCUUGAGUAUAGCAAUAUCAAAAGGAAUCAGUAGUUACUGCUGUUUAGGAAUAUAAGGGGAAGAUAUAUGGGUCAGGUCAUUUUUUUCUGUGCUGGUUGCCACAUCUUAGCAAGCACCAAAAAAACAAAGCAGUUUUUAAAUCGCUAUUUACAUAAAGGAAAUCAUAAAAUCCAAUGCUUCUGCAUACUGUGUUAUGUUACAGUCCAGUUUUGUGUGCUUUACUACACGGUUUGGUUACAGGACUUCUGUGCAUUGUAAAACAUAAACAGCAUGGAAAAGGUUAAAUACCUGUGUGCAGAUUGUAAGAUCUGGUCCGGACUUGCUGUGUAUAUUGUAACGUUAAAUGAAAAGAACCCCCCUUUGUAUCAUAGUCAUGCGGUCUUAUGUAUGAUAAACAGUUGAAUAAUUUG